UAAAGCCGCUGUGUGUCUACGUGAAAACGGUGCCAGUCGGUCGGCCGGGAAAAAUGGCGGCGACUAUGCUGAGGUCGCUCAAACAGCUCGGACGUCCUUCAGCAGCAAUUUUAAACAAAAAUGUUUUGACUCCUGCAUGCGCUUUGCUUCAAAGCAGGCAGAAGCAGUGGCAGCCCGAUGUGGAGUGGGCUGAGCAGUAUGCGGGUGCAGUCAUGUACCCCUCUGCCAUCACCAAGAAUUGGAUUCCACCACCAUGGAAUGACAAAGAUCCUCCAGCAGAGAAGGAGGUGUCAAACCUCACUAUAAACUUCGGGCCUCAGCACCCUGCAGCCCACGGCGUGCUGCGUCUGGUGAUGGAACUGAGUGGUGAGUCUGUGAAGAAGUGUGACCCUCACGUGGGUCUGCUGCACCGUGGCACCGAAAAGCUCAUUGAGUACAAGACCUACCUGCAGGCCCUCCCGUACUUUGACAGGCUGGACUAUGUGUCAAUGAUGUGCAAUGAGCAAGCCUAUGCUUUGGCAGUGGAAAAGCUACUGAAUAUCCAGGCUCCACCUCGCGCUCAGUGGAUCAGAGUGCUGUAUGGAGAGAUGACCCGUAUUCUGAACCACAUCAUGGGCAUCACUACGCACGCCUUGGAUAUUGGUGCCAUGACCCCCUUCUUCUGGAUGUUCGAGGAGCGAGAGAAGAUGUUUGAGUUCUAUGAGCGAGUGUCUGGAGCCAGAAUGCACGCUGCUUAUGUCCGACCUGGAGGUGUUCAUCAGGAUAUGCCACUGGGACUUAUGGACGAUAUUUAUGAGUGGUGUAAGAACUUCUCAAUACGCAUCGAUGAGGUGGAGGAGAUGCUGACGAAUAACCGCAUCUGGAAGAACAGAACUGUUAAUAUAGGGGUUAUUGGAGCAGAAGAUGCACUCAACUGUGGCUUCAGUGGAGUGAUGUUGAGAGGCUCUGGUAUUAAGUGGGAUUUGAGGAAAUCUCAGCCCUAUGACAAAUAUGACGAGGUGGAGUUUGAUGUGCCUGUUGGAAGUAACGGGGACUGCUAUGACAGAUAUCUGUGUCGAGUGGAGGAGAUGAGGCAAUCUUUAAGGAUCAUGCUUCAGUCUCUGAACAAGAUGCCUGAAGGGGAGAUCAAGGUGGAUGACGCUAAAGUUGCACCACCAAAGAGAUCAGAGAUGAAGAAUUCUAUGGAAUCUCUAAUCCAUCAUUUCAAGCUGUACACAGAGGGCUACCAGGUUCCCCCAGGAGCCACAUAUACAGCUGUUGAAGCACCAAAGGGGGAGUUUGGGGUGUAUUUGGUCUCUGAUGGCUCCAGUAGACCCUACCGCUGCAAGAUUAAAGCUCCAGGCUUUGCUCACUUGGCCGGUUUGGACAGAAUGGCAAAAGGACACAUGCUUGCCGAUGUGGUGGCCAUCAUUGGAACUCAGGACAUUGUGUUUGGUGAGGUAGACCGUUAAAGAAUCACAAUGCCUGUUUUGUGUACAUCUGUUUCGUCUAUCAGAUACACUUUAGCAGUGUUAUGAUGGACAACUUCAAUCAAACCUCUCCAUGUAUAAAAACCUAUUAAACUGAAUAAAUAUUUUGUCUGUG